AUGGUGAAGAAGCAGCCGGGGGCUGAGAACAUCCGCGUGGUUGUUCGAUGUAGAAACUUGUUGCCGUACGAAUCAGAGCGUGGUGAUAAGGCCCUCGUGCGACUUGACCUUGCGACAAACCAAGUUAUUGUACAUCAUCCUAUUGGAGAUGCCGACGGUUUUACGUUCGAUGCCGUGUACAACAACACCUACACACAGCGUGAUAUAUUUCUGCAGGAGGUACACCCACUUGUAGAAGCUGUGCUUCAAGGCUAUAAUGCAACGGUAUUUGCCUACGGCCAGUCCGGUUCCGGCAAGACGCAUACGAUGACAGGUAAGCUGAAUGAUCCCCAACAGUGGGGUAUGAUGCCGCAGGUGGUGAAUUAUCUUUUUAAUGAGGUUAAAAAAUUGACUUCCACCACAAAAACGUUCAAGAUUAGGGUUUCCUACGUGGAGCUGUAUAACGGCAAGUCGCGGGAUCUUUUGACCUCAAAGCAGGUAAACCUUGAAAUAAAACAAAAUAUGUCAAAAAAUUUUUAUGUGAAAGGCGCUGAAAUGCCGGAAGUGACAAGCUUUGAUGAGGCUAUUCGCUGGUUUAACGCUGGAACGAUGCGCCGACAGACUGCCUCUACCGAUUUGAAUGAUACGAGCAGUCGAUCUCACUCACUAUUCACCCUUCAGGUGGAGCAGUUUGAUUUUGAACAGGAUCCAAGCUCUCCUAUUCUUCUUACAAGCAAAAUCAACGUUGUGGAUUUGGCCGGAUCGGAGAAGUUGAGCAAAACAAACGCCACAGGUGAGACGGCGAAGGAGGGAUGCAAUAUCAACCUCUCACUUUCAGCGCUCGCAACGGUCAUUGAUACAAUUGUGAAGGGUGGGAAACAUAUUCCUUAUCGGGGUUCGCCGCUGACGAUGCUGCUCAAGGAUUCCCUUGGUGGUAAUGCCAAGACUGUCAUGUUUGCUAAUAUUGGACCGUCCGAAAAGAAUAUUUCGGAGACCAUAUCAACCCUUCGCUUUGCCCUACGAGCGAAGCAGAUUGAGAAUAAGCCCGUCAAAAAUAUGGAUCCAAAAGAUGCUCGUAUUCAGGACUUGUUGGAUACGAUUGAAGAGCUUAAGAGCCGGUUGGGGAAUGUUGACCUCAACCAGGAGGACCAACUUCGACAGCGCAUCGAAGAGCUUGAGGUUGAGAAUUCCGAUCUUCGCGGCGGUGGUGAGAAGAACAGUCUCGAACUUGAAGAAAACAUACGUGUCCUUCAGGCCCAGCUGGAGGGGGCAAAUCAGAUUUCUGCUGAGAAGCAAAAAGAGGUAGAAAAGGGCGUAGAUGCCCGCUUGCUUCUGGAGUGGGAUCUUCAAAAUGAAGUGGGGCAUGGAAAGGAGCUUCGGUCUCUGGCAGUGAAUUUUAUUAAACGGGUCUGUCAGGAGGAGCAAUUGCAGGAAAUUCGCCGCAAAAUGCCGCAGGAUGGCUCUUACAAUACAACCGAUGACGGUUGGGAUGUGAAGGAAAUUGAUUUCUACCUGAAGGAAUUUACAUCCAUGUACGAAGCCUGGAGGCAGUCGAUGUACACGCGAGAAGAUUUAGAAAAGUACGCCCAAGCGUCUGUUAGUGGUGCUUUGGCGCAAACACAACGUCACCUUGAUGAAGUUAUCCGUGCCCGUGAUGAGUUGCUACGCCUGCGGCAAGAGGACUCUGCAAAGCGUGCGGCAGAAAAUGAAUUACUUUCACAGUUAAGAGUUGAUUUAAGCACACUUAGGGACGAUAACACCAGGCUGCGGGAAAAGAUUGAACGAGACCAGGAACGCAUGAAGGCUAAAAUUGCCAAAAGCAAAGAUGAGUACAAGUCCUUGGUAGACGAACUGGAACGCUCCAAGGCUUUGGUGACCGAAAAGGAACACGACAUUGAGCGGUUGAAGCGAAUGUUAGAGGAGAGUGGUAACAACGCCUUGUUUGCGGCUUCCACAAGUGGGGUAUCGCCAUGGUCCGGCGUUGAUGAGCGAACUGCAAUUUUUCAGAAGCUGGAUGAGGAAAAACGUGUCAGGAAGGCCUUGGAGUCACGCAUCAGAGAAGUGAAUGUCUCGCUUCGCCGCUACGGGGUUUGUAUCGCGGAUGCCGGGGAGAUGGACGACGGAUCCCAAGAGGUUGCUGAACGCACUAAUGCACUUAUACUUGCGGCAGUGACGGAAGACGACACCAUUGAUGGGGAUCUUUGUGCCAAGUUUCAGCAGCAAAUUCGGGUCAAACAACGUCUAACAGAACUUCGUCACCAGCACCAGCGUAAGUUGGAAGAUAUGCUGAGGAAGUACGAAUUUCUCAAAACUGGGAAAACUACUGCUAAUGGCGGGGGGGGCGCCGAGGGUACGUUGCAUACAAGUUUUGCAGAUGACGCUACCGCACAGCAGAUAAAGGAAUUGCUGCAGAGAAAAGAUGAAGAAAUUGAACGCGUGAUACAAGAUAAGGAAAAGACCUGCGAUAAGAUUGUCAAGAAGCUUAACAAGUCUGAGAUAAGAAUAAAAGAAUUAGAGGCGACUCUUGAGGAGGAGCGUGCACAAUUUACUGAAGAGCGUCAGGAGUUGGGUUCUGAAAAUUUGGAGCUUCAGAAGUACAAUCAGCAGCUCUCGGUGGAGUUGGAAACACUACGAGGGCAAUUGAGUGCGGUGAAGGAGGAGAUGGACUCCAUGGACCGCGCAAAGAGCGCUGAGAUUGAAAAAUGGAAAGAGGAUGCAGAAAAAGGUGCCGAACGCCUUGAAGAGAUGCGCUUUAAGAUGGCUGCAUACAGUGAGCUUCAGAAGAGUUACGAUAGACUACAGGAGCAGCUUCAGCGCACCGAGGCGUCACUAAAGGAAAAGAUUGAUAGUCUGGAGAACACCAGGCAAAUGGUGAAGUGGUCUAACUCCCUUCUUGCCACGGAGAAGCAGAAGUUGGAGCAGAUGGAGAUGAUGGUGAAGCAGCAGGAGGUGGAGAUGCGUCGUCGUGAAGAGUACCUAAGAAGUGAGAUGAUGGAUGAUAUUAACAAGCAAGUGGCUGCAAACAAUCGCCGCCUGCAAGAGCAGGCUGCACAGUAUCAAGAGCUUAUAUCCCAAGAACAGGAUAAGCAAAAAACAAUUAUGAAGAAGGUGAAGAGUUCAAGGAAGGAAACACAAAAAGCGGCUCAACGGUAUGAUGAGAUGAUUUUGGAAAACGAGGCUUUACUGUCGAAGCUGGAGGAGCUGAAGGUAAACUCCAUGCGGAUAUUUUUGGAGAAGCAGGAGGCCCAAAGGGAAUUGGAGGCAUUGCGUCCCACACGACACGUCGGUGCUCGACGUCUCUGA